AGAUGGCGAUGGCGGCCCAGGAGGCGCCGGACGGCGGCGGCAGCUCGGCCAGCUCGGCCCCGCCGGAGGCCCUGGAGGCCGUGGCCGCGGAGUGGAUGCUGGAGUUCGCCUGCUCCUGCCUGUGCCGGCACUUCGCGGAGCAGAGCGAGGCGGAGUUCUGGCGGUGGAGGGACGUUGCUCAGGCUCUUAUUAGUGGCCUCUCCCAAAUACCUCCACAUCAGAAAAAAACAGUAUAUGUCUGCCAGCUUUUGAUAAGAAUUGCACAAGGAAAAAGCCUUGGAUUACACUUUGAACAUGAUCAAAGAAUUUCGCCUUUGGAAUCUGCUCUGUCUUUCUGGACUUUACUUGAAAGGGAAGAAAUUAAACUGGAAAAACUUCAUGAACAAAUUCGUCGCUUGAUUCAAAUUCAGAUUGUAGCAGUCCAUAUGGAAAACAGAUAUUUCAAGGAAGCUGCUGAAGUUCUUGAAAGGCUGUUCACAGACUCUGAAUCAGAUAAGCCUUUAAGGGUGAAGCUGGCAACCAUAAUUAAAACCAAGGAUCCAUAUGUUCCUCUUCUCCAAAGCUUCAGUUACAGUCAUUUGAUAAGUAAAAUCAAGUCCUACAUUGAACUUUUCAUGAAAGAAAAUGAAACUAACUUCUUAAUACAGGAAGCCACAAAACAUGUGGCAUCCAAAGGGUUGGGAGCAACAACAUUGCAAAACAGACCUGUGGAAGUCAAUGAAAAUGGCAAAAGUGAUUUGGAAACAAAGCAAAGAUUGGUGAAAGAGAAACAGUGUAUCACAAGUUGGUCAUCUGGAAAUAUAAAAAAACUCAUAGCAAGGAGACGUUCAAAAGGGAAGCCCAAAGAGAGCAGAGUUCUUCAGAGUCUUAACGACAUACAAAAUGUGGAAAACAAUGGAGUUUCUUUUGCAUGUAGCCGAAAAAGACAGAAAUGGACUCAAAAAGAAGACUUGGAGCUGAAAUCGGGAGUAAAGGAGUUUGGAGUGGGUAACUGGGCUAAAAUUUUGGCCCAUGGUAACUUCAACAACCGAACAAGUGUCAUGUUGAAAGACCGGUGGAGAACAUUGAGUAAGAUCAAACAAAGCUGAUUUGACUACAGGAACCAACUCUUCUUGACCUUUCCCUACAUGAGGACCUACUGUAGCUUUUCAGAAUAACAUCUUAUUUUAGUCUCAGAGUGUCCAGCACUGUUGCUGUCCUAAAACAUGAAACAGAAUAAUAAUAGGUAUAAAACAUUAAUGUAAGCUCACCUGCUCUGCUAAUGAUGACUUAAAUGUAAAGUCUGGCCUUUUUUGCUACAUGCAAUAACAGAUAACCUAGAUUCUGAAAUGUGAAAAUGUUUGCAGUGAUUGAAGAAAUGUCUGUUAUGUAAAUAGGGGUAUUAGAUCUGACUAGCAACAUCUUUAGUUUGAUGGAGGCUAAUAAAAAGUCAAGUGUUCUGUAUUUUUAAAGGGCUGUACCUCUUUUUAGAUUGACCUUUUCAUUAUUUUACUUCCUGCCAUAUAACCCAUUCUAAUUUGUUUUGCUUUGCUUUGAAAUUACGAUCAGACUUGACAUUUCUGUAAGUUUUACAAAAAAUACGUAUGUAUUAGUAUUGCUAAUUUUAUGAGAUGAUGGUUUGUUGGGGUUUUUUUCUGCAGUUAAAAAGUGCAAAUUCAUCUAAUGUUGUAUUUUCAAGUAACAAAGGGACUGGUUAUUUUUUUACAUGGAAAGGAACACUAUUGUACUAGCACUUAGCAUCUCUUGGUUAGCUUGUGCCACCUACCUUGUCUUGACAAGUGACUUCUUCCAGACCAGCAGGAAAGGGAAAGCUCAAAAACACAUGGCUGACGUGGGUCUCAAUAACGAGUCUACACUGUCAGUGACAGCAAAGAUGCACUUUAAUGGGGGUCACUAUCAAGGUUUCUGCUGGCUACUGCAACUCUGCUGCUCAAGGGAGAGUGGAACAGAUGGAUGAUGGCACUAGUCUGUAUCUCUGGAUUCAGAUAAUUUGGAAGAGAUUUCCACAAUCUCAGAAAAUUCAUGCUUUCCACUGUCAUACAGGUGUGAAUCUAGUGACUUGAACUAACACAAUACAGCAUUCUUUUAAAAGUGAAAUCUCUUGAAUUCAGAUGUUUCCUGUACCUUUUUUCUUGGCUAGGGGUUUUAUUUUCCAAGAACGUUAUAAGAAAAAGCACCUGUCUGAAUUGGUCAUAUUAAAACAAAGCUCUGAGAGAUAAUUUUCCCCAUUAAAAAGGAAAACAUAUAGUUGUGAAGUCUGAAAUGUUCAGAAAGUAUUAAGAUAAUCACUGCUUUCUGUUUUGGAGGCUUGCUUUCAUUACAUUAAAAUGGUAACAUGCAGUUCAAAGGCUGGUUUCACAACACAUUCUUAUUGUGGACAGAACCUCAAGCAGAUCACCUUCCUCAUUCUUGCCAAGACACUCAAUGGCUUCUUCCAGGAAGCCUUUAUGUUGCAUGGAAGUGCUGACUGUCUUAACAGGAAAUUUUCUCAACCUGCAUAGCACUCUUGCCAGCGCUCAGAUGUUGCAGGUUCCUAUACUAAUCAUUGUAGAUGAGCAAUUUUAACUAGUUAAUUUUUUUACUCUUAGCCAAGGCCUUAGUUACAAAAGACUCGUCUAGGUUCAUCUGCCAGAAAAGUUACACUGUCUAUUACUAAUAUGAAGUUCUGAGGAGACCAAUUCCUUAACAAAGCUGACUAGGGCUAUGUCUU